AUGGCCACAGACAGAAAGUAGAAGGGCCUGUGUUUUACACAGAGAAGUGUCCCAGUUUAGGGCAGUUAGAGAAAGCAUCUUUUGAGGCAACAAGAGCUUCUUUCUCCUUUUGGAAUAUAUAUUGUGUACCUUCCAUAGAAAUGGAAUUGUGGCGUCGGUGGAGAACCCUGGAGUGGAUACUGUAGGCACACUCACAGCAGCAGGAGGAGGUUGGACAAGUGCAAAGGUGGGCAUGUGGGCACAUUCAAUGACUGUGCAGGAUUAUCAGGAUCUCAUAGACCGAGGAUGGCGAAGAAGCGGGAAAUAUGUGUACAAACCUGUCAUGAAUCAAACAUGUUGUCCUCAGUACACCAUAAGGUGCCGACCUUUACAGUUUCAGCCAUCAAAAUCUCACAAGAAGGUUUUGAAAAAAAUGUUGAAAUUUCUGGCUAAAGGGGAAAUUUCAAAAGGAAAUUGUGAGGAUGAGCCCAUGGAGCCCACCGUGGAGGAUGCUGUUUCCAGUGACUUUGGAUUAAUAAAUAAAUUGGAUAUACACUGUGACCUUAAAACACUCAAUGAUGACCUCAGAAAGAGCUUAGAGAGUGAAGAGAAGAAGAAAGCAAAGAGGGAAGAAUCUAAUGAAAUAACCCAUUCACAAGAUAUGAAAGAGAAGUUGGGCUCUGGUGAACCAUCGUGUUCAGUUAAAGUGCAUACAGCUCCUCAACCAGGCAGAGGAGCAGAUUUGAGUAAGCCUCCAUGUCGAAAAGCAAAGGAAAUCAGGAAAGAAAGGAAAAGGUUAAAACUCAUGCAGCAGAACCCAGCUGGAGAAUGCGAGGGCUUCCAAGCUCAGUGUCAGCCCUCAUCUUUGCUCCCACCAAAGACUAAAUCCAACCAACCCAAGUCACUUGAAGAUUUAAUUUUUGAAUCUUUACCAGAGAAUGCAUCACACAAGUUAGAGGUGAGGGUGGUGAGAUCAUCUCCACCAAGUUCACAGUUCAAAGCCACAUUUCAGGAGUCUUACCAGGUCUAUAAACGUUACCAGAUGGUUGUUCACAGGGACCCGCCCGAUAAACCAACUGUGAGCCAGUUCACAAGAUUCCUUUGCAGCUCACCUUUGGAGACAGAGAAUUCCCCUAAUGGACCAGAUUGUGGUUAUGGCUCCUUUCACCAGCAGUACUGGCUUGAUGGGAAGAUCAUUGCUGUGGGGGUGAUUGACAUUCUUCCAUACUGUGUAUCAUCUGUAUAUUUGUACUACGAUCCCGAUUACUCAUUUCUGUCUUUGGGUGUCUACUCUGCGCUCCGAGAAAUUGCUUUUACUAGGCAACUUCAUGAGAAAACACCUCAACUCAGCUAUUACUAUAUGGGCUUCUACAUUCAUUCAUGUCCCAAGAUGAAAUAUAAGGGUCAGUACAGACCAUCGGAUUUGCUGUGUCCUGAGACGUAUGUUUGGGUCCCCAUUGAGCAGUGCCUGCCCUCACUUGAGAAAUCCAAGUACUGCCGUUUCAACCAGGACCCGGAAGCAGUAGACGAAGGUCGCAGCAAGGAACCUGACCGCCUGCAGGUGUUCUACAAGAAAGCCAUAAUGCCUUACGGUGUUUACAAGAAGCAGCAGAGAGACCCGAGCGAGGAGGCGGCCGUGCUGCAGUACGCGAGGCUGGUGGGGCAGGCGUGCUCCGAGCGGAUGCUGCUGUUCCGAAACUGAUCAGCCCGUCGGCCUCUCCAGCCCCCUGGGCCCCUGGGCGCUCCUGCGCUGCCCUGCUGACGUGUGCCACGGUGCGAGUUCAUCACUAGGGGGAAACUCGGUGACCCUCCCCAGGUUCGACUUUUCUAAUUCUGAUGGCUACGCAGCUUUUCUAAAAUAUUUUGUGGCAUAUGUAUUUGUGAAAAUCUCAUGGUUAAUAACAAAGAUUUUAAAACUGUGUUAUGACAUCGACUCAUAAUUGGGGUUGAUUGUUUCAGAAGUCUGCUUCAUGAACAAGAGACGAUUAACUUCUCUUGUUAAUAUUUUGGGAGGUAAAAAUGUAUAAGUGAACCUUAAGUAAUUUAAAUCACAGUUGUACUUUUUUUUGUUCUGUUAGAGAAAUUAAAACAGACUUUUUCUUCAGAUCCACUUAAACCAUCAGUUUCUGCUGAAAAAACCUCAAGUGUGGGGAAGAAGGUGGGAAUUCUGUUUGGUCACUUAGAAAACGUCUUCUCAAGGGAUCAGGACUGGGAUGCUGUUCAGUGUUCAAUAUCACUUUACUGCUGAAUGUUACAUUACGUAGUUUCACAGAAAACUUGAGAAAAGGAAACAGUACAAACUUACAGAAAAGGAUGUUGUGUUAACAUCGAAUGUCUGUUUACCCAGGACAGUCUCAUUCUUGUCUGCUGUCUUGGCGCGAUUAUUUUUCCUAGAAUAAUUAUUUCUCAUGUUCCUUGUUACUCUGCAAAAUAUCCCUGUUUGGACAAUAAAAUAUGUGAUUGCCCUAGUUAUAUAUUGUCCAGACUGGGGUAGCCUGCUUUAUUUCUCAAAAUCUAACAAGUAAGAGGUUGUUUUUAGAAAAUUGGUGCCUCCUGCCUUGACCUAAGCCCCUUCAAAGAUACAUAUACACUAGUUUUUAUUUUCUUAGAACUCAGGACACUGGUCUUUGGUUAUUGGUUAAAAAUUAGUUUCUCUCUGACUACUUUUAUAGCUAUGCUACACAUCGCAUUUAGUGACAUAAGACGCAUUGUGAACUCUGUUUCAGGGCAGGAGGCGAAAGCACCCGCUUCCUGCUCUUUGAUUUGAAAGUCAGGAGAUGCCACACGUAGUAAUCUGAGCAGAGGUGGGCCCUGUGUCCCUCUGUUUGGUCUCUCUGGCCCUUCACUCAGUCAGCAGUCCCUUGUCCCCCACCUUAAAGGUGGUAGGCACGGUGCCAGGAGGCAGGGAGGGAGCAGGCACGUUCCCUCAUAGUUGAGCCACGCUGCAGAUGGUGACGGAUGGACGGAGGAGCUUACUCUCCUGUGCAUCUUUGCAGCUGGCCACCAUCUGCUGCCACAUGCCUGGCCACUGAGUCCUUUUCAUUUCCUGUUUUUUCCAUUUUCCCAUUUUCUACUGAUCUUUUUUUAAAAAAGCCAUUUUAUUAAACUUAGUGGCUUGAUUUUAAACUUUUCUCCUAAAUGCACUGAGUUGAGAUAUAAAAUAUUAGAAAAUAAUUCCAGCUAGCUAGACUAAAAAGAAGGAUCCCAAGAGAAUGAUUUUAAAAAUCGAAUGUCUAGAAGUUCUAGAUCCAAAUAAAUUGUAUUUAUUCACUCACACAGAAAAUGUGUGUGUGUGCCUAACACCUACCAAGGGCAGGUGCUUAGCUAAUGGGGGACAGAGUAGUGAUGAUGUGGAUUUUGCAUACUCUGGAAUUUUGCCCUUCAAAAUAGUCUCCCAAGAGCAUUUGAUAGGCUCUUACUUAGAACUGCCUUCAGAAUCUAUAGAACAUUAAAAAAAAAAAAAUUUCCCUCUAAAGUGAAGUUAGCUUUUUUCAUUUAUGAAAAGGAUACUCUGAAGCAAGUAAACUUGAAGAAAAGCAUACAUAAGAAAGUAAGAGUGAUCUGAAAUCUUACUGAGUUGAAAGAAACAUCAAAAUAGGACUUUAGAAAUACUUUAAGCAAUCUCAGUGUUAAAGUACAUAGUAAGUGCACAGCUGGUACCCUUGGCUUUGGAAUGUCUGGUGUGAUGUCAUCAGGCGUGUUAAACUACUCUUAUUGUAGUGAUUAGCAUGUAGAGUGGAAUUCAUUAAGAUCACAACUCGAGUACCAAAUGAAGAGAAAGCUUGAGUCUUACUUUUUACCAUGACUCAGGCUUCUUCCUGCAGAAUUCAGCCCCUACCUAGGAAUGGGGUGCUGACUCUGAGGGUGGCCUUCUAGGUUGGCUGCAGUGAAGCUCCAGAGUGAAGACUCUACUUCUGGGUUGCUAUAUUCUAUUCUUGUGUUGUUGUUUUUGAGAGUAGGUACUGUAUCCAUCCUAAUGAACAAAGUAUCUUCAAAAGACAAUUAUUUGUUCUUUGGAGCCCUCACUGAGUAAUGUUGUUAGUGGGCUAGGAAAGUACAGUCAAGAAAAGUGACUUGACUUGGUCAGUUGAUAGUCUAGCUGAGGAGUCUGAUUUUAUGUUAAUGGCUUACUUCUAAAGAUGGGCACGUGAGGACGUUGCCAAGACAGUUUAUAUCUUCUCAAGGCUAGAAGCUUUGCAAUUGCAGUCUUCAUGUUGUAGUCUGUUUCUGGUUUCAGAUUAAACUUAACACCUGCCUCCCCGUCUUGGGAACAAAAAUGUAAUAGAUUCUCCAUGAUACCAUCUUUAUUUAAAUUAUUUCAGUUCUGUGAGACCUUUAUCUUAUUUUUUUAAAUGUAAUCUGAGCACUUUUCUUUUGUAUUCUGAAAGAUAGAGGCUAUUAUCAGAUGAAUAUAUUAUUCAUUUGAUUAAAAUUAUUUAGAUAAGAAAUUAUAACUGUUUAUGUUUACUUUCAAACUGCUUAUUCUAAUUUUUAUCCAUUUAGCAAAAUAUCAUUUGUAUAUGACUUCUUAUGUAUGGGAAUUUAUUAUAUAAAUGAACCUUUUCAGAUUUCUGGUCAGUGUAUGGUUUGAUUUUAUCGGCUUUAUUUUUUUUUCAGUAGGAUAAGGAUAAGAAAGAUGAUCAGUUACUUAAAAUGUAUGUAUUGUUGCUUAAAGAAGGAAAUAAAUAGAAACAAUUGGGAAAUGUUUGAAUUAGAAGUUACUCAAAUGUGUAUUAUUUUCCAAAAGAGAACCAGUGACUAUAAAAGGCAAAAUAAGUUUGAUUGCAUGUGACAUUUUUUGCACUUCUAUAUGCUUUUUGAACAGUCCAUUUGAUAAAGCUUGAAUAAAACUUUCUAUCUGCAAUGGC